UAACCGGUACUACCUACCGCCUACCAGUACUGAAAAAGUGAAUCCUGGAAUAAUGAAAAUGGAAAACUUAAAGUUCUGCGGUGAAGGAAAUAAUUCUUGAUAGGAGUGGAAACUGGAAAUAUAAUUAAAAAUGGUUAGACACUAGCUAAGUCACUAGACUAGAAGAAUUAUAUUCCUUGGAUCCUUGGCCAGAAAAGUAAAAUAGAGUACUUUUAGUUGUAACUACGCGUAAUUAAGUAAUAAGUCAAUACAUCAAUAAUUUAUAAUUAAUUAUGGACGACCGUGCUGAAAGAGGUGUUUUUCGAGUUCUCGACAAGUUGGAAAUAUCCAUUAAAGAAGGUCGAUACUAUGAAGCUCAUCAAAUGUACAGAUCUAUUUAUUAUAGAUAUUUAACUAAAAAAAAAUACGGUGAUCUACUUGAUUUGCUAUUUCGGGGAGCUACCAUCCUACUAGAACACAAUGAACAUGGUAGUGGUAUAGAUUUGGCUAUACUUCUGAUAGAUGUUUUAGCUAAAUCUGAGAUCAAACCAAAUGAAGAGUGGAUAGACAAAAUAAUAACAUUAUUCAAAUCAAUGCAUUCUAGUGUGCCUGAAAGAGAAAUAUUUAUUACUAAUGUGGUAAAUUGGUCAAUGGAUGAAAACAUGAAGGGCCAUCCAUUACUGCACAAGAAAUUUGGAGAAGUGUUCUGGGAAAAAAAGGAACUUGUAUUAGCUCUUAAACAUGGCUUACACUCAAAUGAUGGUGUCACAUAUGCAAAAAUGUUAAUCGAUUUGCAAACUACAAGAGGACGUAAAUCAGAAGUGGAUUUAUUUAUAACCCAAGCUGUCCUUCGAAUCCUUGGCCUAAGAAAUAAACAAAUGGCUAAUGAAGUUUUGAACGAAUAUGCAAGAUCUCAUCCGAUGAUAUUAAAUGAAAAAGGACCUCCAUAUUCAUAUCCAUUACUAAAUUUCCUAUGGAUUCUAUUAAAAGCUAUUGAAAAAAAUGAUGCCCUAUUGUUUAUAAAAGCGAGAAGGCGCUAUGCUAAAAGUUUACGGCGCGACCCAUUAUAUUCUGCAUAUUUGAAUAAAAUUGCAAAAGUAUGGUUCAGAAUUAAAAAGCGUAAAUACAGAAUAUUAAAAUCAAAGUUAGAUUGCAUUUUGAAUUCAAUUAUCAGUGUUGAAGGCAAUUCAGAAAUUAUAAGAGAGAAGAUCCAAAAUUCUAAUAUUCCAGAAUUGGAUUAAGCUAUUCAAGUAAAACUUGUUGACAUUUUAACAGAUUUAUCUAAUCUGUUAAAACGCACAAUUUGCUCUACUCUCAGUCAGUUUGAGGCACAAUUUUCAUUAUUGGUUAAUACUCGACCAAAUAGACCACAUCCAUACUGGAUGUGGUCUAUUUGGUCGAGUAUGAAGUAGUAUGAGUAUUGAAGAAAAUAUAGGGGCGGCAGCGGCGAGUGUACGAGAAGACCGUAAACUGUCGAUUUGUUGCCGUUCUCGACAUCUUGGCCUGUCGUAUUCAACUUGGCGUAUUUUACGUAAGGAUCUUUCUUUAAAAGGAUAUAAAAAUCAACUAUUGCAAGAAAUGUUGCAUAGUGACCUUCCAAAUCAGAUCAGAAACGGAGGCCGGUGGGAAUGUAAUGUGAAUGGUGACUGUUAUCACAGGAUGAUAACAGACUAUCCAACAAGAUGGCGCCACGUGCCAUAUAGGCCGUGAAACCAUGGUCUUACUGUGAGAACAAUUCGGCGAACAGAUAAUUUCACGCUUUGGACGGUGAAUUGGCCGGCUAUAUUGACGACCUGUGUAGCCAAGUGGUUAGCGAUCCUACCUACUAAGCUAGAUGUCCCAGGUUCGAAUCCCGGUAGGUGCAAGCAUUUAUAUGAUGAAUAUGGAUGUUUGUUUCCGAGUCAUGGAUGUUUAAAUGUAUUUAUGUAUGUCUAUAUGUAUAUAUGUAUGGUUAAGUAAGUAUAUUUUAUUAAAUAUAUUGUUGUCUUGUAAACCAUAACACAGGCUAUAUAUGCUUAAUUUGGGGCAAGAUAAUUUGUGUAAAAAGUCUGUCAAUAUCAUGUGACAUCACACCUCCUUUGGGGCUAAGUAUGUAAAGUCCAAAGUCUACUUUCUACUUUAAAAAUAUCCACACGCGUCAUUGAAAAAUGGAACAUCAAAAUGGACCAUUUUAACCGCAGUCACGAUAGAAGACACAAUAUUUAAAAGAAAUUAUCUUUAAGAAUAAAUUGUAAAAAUCGUUCUUUUGUGUCACAAUAAAGAUAAUAAAAUAAAAUUGAAAAUA